UUAUAUUACCAAAAAAUAAUCUAAAUUAGAUUGUGAAAAAAUUACAAUUUUGAAAUUUAUUUACUAUAUGUAUCCUUUUAUUUAAAUAAUAAAAUUAUAAUUAUUUUCAGGUUCUAACCUAAAAAAUUUGACAACUAACAUAACCUAAAUAUUAAGCAAGUCACAAACAAUUUUAUUCAUUAUGAACAAAAAACAUGCUAAAUGUAUUCCGAAAUUUAAUUCAUAAAUCAACCUUCAGGAGAAUAUUUACUACAUCAACGAUGGCAAAAAGUAAAUUUGAAUACGUGAAAUCGUUCGAAUCCGACGAAAACAUUCUACCAAACUGUUGGAUUGUGGUACGAAUAGACGGCAGAGCAUUCCACAAGUUCACAACGAAACACAAUUUUGAAAAGCCAAACGAUCCGAGAGCCUUGUGGCUCAUGAAUAAAGCUGCAAGUGUUGUUAUGGAGGAAUUCAAAGAUAUAUUAUUGUCAUAUGGACAGAGUGAUGAGUAUUCGUUUGUUUUGAGAAAAGACACAACUUUAUAUAAUAGACGGAAGAGUAAAAUUAUGACCUACAUCAAUAGUUUAUUUAGUUCUUCAUAUGUGUUCUUUUGGAAUGAAUUUUUCAAAGAUGUUAAAUUAAAAUAUCCACCAGCAUUUGACUCCAGAAUUGUAUUGUAUCCUACUGAUGAAAAUUUAAGGGACUAUCUAAGUUGGAGGCAGGCAGAUUGUCACAUAAAUAACUUAUAUAAUACUGCAUUUUGGGCCCUAGUACUAAAAGGUGGUUUGACUAAUACUGAGGCUGAGAAAAGAUUGUGUGGUACAUUCUCCAGUGAUAAAAAUGAGUUAUUAUUUACUGAAUUUAAUACCAAUUAUAAUAAUGAGCCAAUUAUGUAUAGAAAAGGCACAAUUUUAUUAAGGAAGAAAAUUAAAAGCCCCAAAAAUGGGAAAUAUAAGUUAGUCAUCCUUCCUCUACAUGAAGACAUGAUACAAGAUCACUUUUGGAAAAAGAAUUUUGAAAUUUUACAAAUUGAGCCCUGCCAGAAUUAUGAAUGGCCAAAUGAAUUGGAAUUACCUGAAUUAGUGAAGAAGCAACUUAGACUGGAUAAUGAAUCAAUGACAUCAUGAAAAUGUAAAUAUAUUUUUUUAUUUAUAUAAGUUUUCUAUGAGUAAUAUAAAUGAACAUUUA